AGACGCCAAGUGUUUUUUUUUCUCUCUCUCGCCGUGGUGACACACUGCUAGUCUGCAGAGAGACGGAGGGAGCGGGGAUGAGACAAGGGGAAGGAGACGAGUGAAAGCAAGACGAGGCCCAGCCCAUCUUGCCAUUGAUCUUGAGGCGAUCAAGGGGAAUCUACACCGAAGAGGACACACUGACACAGAUUCGUGGAUGGAUCGUGGCAUAUCAAACCUGGAAUUUUGACAUCUGGACUUCUUAGAUGAGCCGAUCAUUUUCAACACUUCUCCCUAUGCAGAAUUUGGACCCGACUAACCAAUCAGACUAUGGAAAACUGAUCUGAGACUUGGUGUAAAGUCUCCCACGAGCUGGAUCUGGAUUAGUGGUUGUUGCAUUCAUGUGGGAUCAGGUUUACAACUGGGAAAUGUCAUGCGAACAAUACUUCAAGUUGGAUAAACAUUUUAGAAAACUUGGGAAAAUGUUUUCAUCAGCAGUAACAUCAUGAACUCUGACCGGGAUAUACCAUUGGCUCGUCUGUCCAAAGCAAGACAACAUACAAGCAGACUUAUUUUUUCCCAGAAACUCAUAGCUUACACUAAAAUGGAGUGAGAAUUUUCUUUUGUUCCACCUUUGGCUUGUUUAAAAAAAAACAACAGAUCAAAACAAAGGCAUCCAACUCAGACUGAACCUGGAGCCUCAAAGGGGCACUUAAAUGCACCUUUAGCAUUUAACGGCAGGUUGGGCGCCCUGUGUCAGCUAUCUGAAGACUGUGUUGUGGACAGAGGGCGAGUGAGGCGGUUGGCUGGCUGAGUCAGCUCUGAUGGGGGCCGGUUGUGACCCGGUCUGACCCCGGUUUGACCUUGCAGUGACCUUUGACCUCUCCGGUCCUGGCUCUCCACCUGCUCUGCUGCCUGGGUUCCGGAACGCUCCGCCCUGGGGCCCAGAACGAGCCAAUCAGGAUGAAGAAGAGCCGCAGCGUGCUGUCUGUGACUGGAGAAGAGGGUAAUGACACAGAUAUAACAGGUUCUGGGGAGAAGGCGGAGUCAUCUCGAUACAGCCGAUCUUAUACGUCUGGGGCCACAUUGGGGGCUGAGCUACGCAGAGGGAGGAGCAGAAGACUCUCGUCUAGUCUCCAGGUACCCUGCUGGCUCCGCCCUCGAGACCGCACUCGUUCACCUGAGGUCCUGAGCAACGUGACACGUCCAACAACUCUUCCCCUCCGCAUCCCGCCACGCAUCUCCAUCACACAAGCAGACACUGACGGUUACGAAGCAGAAAAUGGCGUGUCACCAGGUCACACACCUCUGGGUUCGCAGAGUCCAGGCCUCACCCUGCACACCCCCUUUCCCCACGGCCAGAGAAGAGAGUCCUUCCUCUACCGUUCAGACUCGGACUACGACAUGUCGCCCAAGACGGUCUCACGUAACUCCUCCCUCGCCAGUGAAGGGCACACAGGAGAGGAUUUCAUUGUCACACCUUUUGCUCAAGUAUUGGCCAGUCUGCGAUCAGUACGGAGCAACUUCACCAUUCUUGCCAACCUCUCCACACCACCAGUCAAAAGGUCUCCGCUGGGCGGAGUGUGUGUCAGUCCCAGGGCGUUACUAUCAGACCAGCAGUACCAGCAGCUCGCCCUGGACACACUGGAGGAGCUGGACUGGUGCUUGGACCAGCUGGAGACCAUCCAGACACACCGCUCUGUCAGCGAAAUGGCCUCCAACAAGUUCAAGAGGAUGCUGAACAGAGAGCUGUCCCACCUGUCAGAGAUGAGUCGCUCUGGUAACCAGGUGUCUGAAUACAUCUCCAGCACCUUCAUGGACAAACAGAACGAGGUGGAACCCCCGUCUCCUACUCUGAAAGACAAACCUAUGAGUCACAUCAGCGGAGUGAGGAAGCUGUCUCACAGCUCCAGCCUCUCCAGUUCUUCAAUGCCUCGCUUCGGUGUCAACACAGACCACGAGGAUGAGCUUGCCAAGGAGUUGGAGGAUAUGGACAAGUGGGGUUUUAACAUAUUCAGAGUAGCAGAGUUCUCCAACAACAGACCUCUCAGCUGCAUCAUGUACACCAUCUUCCAGGAGCGAGAGCUGUUAAAGACGUUUCGUAUCCCAGUCGACACCUUUGUCACUUAUGUGAUGACCCUAGAGGACCAUUACCAUGGAAACGUAGCGUACCACAACAGCCUCCAUGCUGCAGAUGUCACCCAGUCCACACAUGUCCUCCUGUCCACACCUGCUCUUGAUGCCGUCUUCACUGACCUGGAGAUCCUCGCCGCUCUGUUCGCUGCAGCUAUCCAUGAUGUAGACCACCCCGGAGUUUCCAAUCAGUUCCUCAUCAACACCAACUCGGAGCUGGCCCUCAUGUAUAACGAUGAGUCCGUUUUGGAGAACCACCACCUCGCUGUGGGCUUCAAGCUUCUGCACCAGGAAAACUGUGACAUCUUCCAAAACCUCACCAAGCGACAGCGACAGAGCCUCCGCAAGCUCGUUAUUGAUAUGGUGUUGGCCACAGACAUGUCCAAACACAUGACCCUACUGGCUGAUCUGAAGACCAUGGUGGAGACCAAGAAGGUGACCAGCUCUGGUGUGCUGCUCCUGGACCACUACACAGAACGGACCCAGGUGCUGAGGAACAUGGUGCACUGUGCUGACCUGAGCAACCCCACCAAGGCGUUGCCGUUAUACAGACAGUGGACGGAGAGGAUCAUGGAGGAGUUCUUCCGACAGGGUGACAAGGAGCGAGAGAGAGGGAUGGAGAUCAGCGCCAUGUGUGACAAACACACCGCCAUCGUGGAGAAGAGUCAGGUGGGUUUCAUCGACUACAUCGUCCACCCGCUGUGGGAGACGUGGGCUGACUUGGUGCACCCGGACGCCCAGGAGCUGCUGGACACGCUGGAGGAGAACAGGGAGUGGUAUGUGAGCACCAUGCCCCAGUCUCCCUCGCCUCCCCCGGACAGACACCUACAGCACGACCGCUUCCAGUUCGAACUCACCCUGGAGGAGGAGGAGGAGGAGACUAAAGAAGAGGAGGAAGAGAAUGAGCAACAUCAGGAAGGAGAAGAGGAGGAAGACGAAGGGGAAGGUGAGAAUGGUGCAGAAAAUGAAGACAUAGAAGGGGAGUUAGAGGAAGAAAAUGAAGAGAGGGAAAAAGAAAGUGAGGGGGAAGAGGAAAAGGAAAACGAGGAGGGUGAAGUGGAGGAAAAAGAGGAGGGAGAGAUGGAGGAGAAAGAAGAAGAGGAGGCAGCAGAGCUGGAGGGAAAUGUAGAAGAAGAGGGCGAGACAGAGGAGAAAGAAGAGGAGGCGGCAGAAACGGAGGACAAAGUUGAGGUCGGAGAAACAGCAGAUGUCGAAGAGGAAGAGGAGAAAGGAGAGCUGGAAGAAGCAGAAGAGGAGGAGGCGCCAGUUGAGGAUGGAGCUGGAAAAGAGGAAGAAGAUGAAGACGAAAGUUAGUUGGGUGCAAAAACAUAAAUUAACAGGCUCAGCGAAGAAAGGUUAACGAGAGAUUAAAAAAAAAAAAAAAAAAAAAAAAAGAACGGAAAUGGAGCCGGAAAAAGGGCUUCGACACAUGGCAUUGAGACUGUCAGGGAGGACGACGAAGAGCUGAAGAUGCACUUCUUUCCAGAUAACGUGCUCCGACCACUUGAUCAGCUGAAGGCUCGACUACAGACGUCUUCAACAAAAACGUCCCAGCUCACAGGCGGACAGCAAGAGCACCGGACACAAAUCCCAAACCUCCGCCGGAGCACAAGCCUUCCCGAACAGCCAGAUCGUUGCGGCGUCUUGAUCGACUGGUAGUGCGAGAAAGACUUCACGUCUUCGUCACCCAGUGUCUGUACAUCCAUCACUGCCGUAGGGAAUACAAACGGGGGGACGUCAAAAGGGGGUGAAACCUGUUCUACCUUCCUUUUUUGUAGCUCCUGAAAUUAAAAUGAAAAUGAAAUGCGCACAUGCAAAUAAGUGCGCGUCCGUUCUCCCGAUCUCAUGGACUAUACUACCCAUCAUCUCUCUGUCACUGUCUCGUUUAUGAGGAAGAUACCCACCACACACACAUAACACACACACACACACACACACACACACACACACACACACAGACCAACAACUGUUCAAAGAAUGUCAACUUCCUCUUCUUUUGUCAGAAAAGAGAAAAAAAAAAAUAAGUCUGGAAAGUGUCUGUCGUCUUAUAUUUACUACAUCUUUCCACUUGUGAACAGGAUGCUGAGAACAGAUUUGGGCUCUGGUCUAGGAACAGUUUAACCUCCUCACAUACUAACCUUAAAGCAACAAAAUGCUGGAUUUCUGAAUAAUAUCCGGACCGUUGUGUCAAAGUAGAAACUUUCGCAGUCCGGCUCAAAAGGCUGACCUGUUGUACGUGUCGAUGUCAGUUCAUGUUUAAAAGAAAAAAAAAACACCCAGUAUUCAUCCCUUCACGACAGUUUCACCACUCCCAGACUGUGAGUUUGAUUCCCGGGUGAAUCGUGCCAAACUGACCCACGACCAGCACUGAGCAAUUAAGCCUUCCUUCAAACAAGAUGGCUACUUGUCCAUGAAGCAAUGAACUGUGGGACCAGGUUAACGGGUGUGACGGUCUUCCACAAAUCCCUUUUUUCUUUGUUUUGUUUUUGUAAAAAUGGUAUUUGGCACUUUAUCUAACACCCCUGUUACAUAUAUGUACAUAAUAAACAUGUAUUUUAAUCUGCUGAUGUCAUAAUAAAUAUGAUCAAUAAAGUUGA